AUGGCUCCUUCAACGCCUUCCACACCGCACGGGAGUGGAAGGGCUGGCAGUGAAGGUGGUUCACCCGCACCCACUGUCGCUGCACCAGGAUCAUAUGCUUUAGAUGAUGUGAUACCCGGAGUCAAAAUAUUCGUUCGAAAACCUUUACCAAACGGACAAGAUGAACAGCGAAAAGCUGAGAUCCUAUCAACACGACCGAAACCCAAACCAUCCGCAUUUGCACCCCCCCCUCCUCCCGACGCACCACCUCCGGAUCCAAGGGAUGACACAGAAUACUACGUCCAUUAUGUCGAGUUCAACAAGCGAUUGGACGAAUGGGUAGGUGGAAGUAGGUUGAUCAUCGAAAAGGAGAUGGAAUGGCCAAAGCCAAAAGAAGAGGAUAAGAAGAAGAAGGAAAAAGUUGGAAAGGCUACACCUGGUGCUUCGACGCCUACCCGAACGACUGGAUCACCUAGACCUUCAGGUAGUCUGUUGAAGAAGGCAGCUACGAAAGCGGCAUCUGCUGUUGGGAAAGCACAGCAUCCUCUGUCAAAGGGUAUUCCACAAGGUAAAGUACCACAGAAGAGAAGGGGUAAAGAUGCUACGAGUUCAAUUGCGGAUGAUGAAGAAGACGGGGAAGAAGAUGACGAAGUGGUUGAUGGAGAUGGAGAUAUCAGUAUGGCAGGAUCAGAUGGUGAUUUAGAUGGUGAUGGCGAAAUAGAUUUAUCUGGACCACAGAAUCCUCAAGCUGCUCCCAAAGUAUUUUCGAAGAAACAGGAAAUUGAAAAAUUACGAACAUCAGGAUCGAUGACUCAAUCUCAUUCUGAAGUUAGUCGAGUCAAGAAUUUAGAUAAACUCCAGAUAGGUAAACAUGAAGUUGAAACUUGGUAUUUCUCACCUUAUCCUGUUGAAUACGCCCAUUUGCCUGUACUAUACAUCUGUGAAUUCUGUCUACUCUAUUACCCCUCUUUCACCCAACUGAAAAGGCAUCGAUCGAAAUGUACACUACUCCAUCCACCCGGCAACGAGAUCUACCGAUACGACGAUAUAUCAUUUUUCGAGAUUGACGGUCGACGCCAGAGAACAUGGUGUAGGAACCUAUGUCUGAUAUCGAAAUGUUUCCUGGAUCACAAGACAUUGUACUACGAUGUGGACCCUUUCAUGUACUAUUGCAUGACGAUCAAAGACGAAUAUGGUUGUCAUCUGAUCGGUUACUUCUCAAAGGAGAAAGAGUCGCCGGAGGGAUACAACGUAGCUUGUAUCUUGACUUUACCACAGCAUCAACGUAAAGGUUAUGGUAGAUUGUUAAUCGAAUUCUCGUACGAGCUAUCAAAAGUGGAAGGUAAAUUGGGAUCUCCAGAAAAACCAUUAUCGGACUUAGGUCUAUUAGGUUACAGAGCCUACUGGCAAGAAAAGAUAGUAGAAUUGUUAUUGAACAGCGAUGAUGAGAUAUCACUGGAAGAGAUCGCUCAGAAAACCUCAAUCACUCAUGGUGAUAUCAUGCAUACCUGUCAAGCACUUCAAAUGAUCAAGUACUACAAAGGUGGACAUAUAAUCCACCUGACCGAUGCCGUGCUGGAACAACACCGAAAGACCAUGUCGAAGAAUCGAAGGUCGAUCAAUCCUGCAGCACUGAAGUGGAAACCUCCUGUUUUCUCAAGAGCUCAGUUGGCCUUCGGAUUCUAA